CUCCCUUCGGCGCCUCGGUUUGCAUCCGGGUCUUUGGGUUUAGCGCUCCACGCGCCAGCCGGGGUCGUUCCGGAUUUGCUGGGCGUUGGUAGUUCGCGCUGUUGAGCUUCGGAAGAGCAGUUGGAUCGGCGGGUUUGAACUUCUUGCCCUGGAAGCUGUGCAUCACCAUAAUGAGGCUUGUAAUUCUUGAUAACUAUGACUUGGCUAGUGAAUGGGCAGCCAAAUACAUCUGUAAUCGCAUCAUUCAGUUCAAACCUGGACAGGACAGAUAUUUUACACUGGGUUUACCAACAGGGAGUACACCUUUAGGAUGUUAUAAAAAACUAAUAGAGUAUCACAAGAAUGGAGACAUUUCUUUUAAAUAUGUGAAGACGUUUAACAUGGAUGAAUAUGUAGGACUUCCCAGAAAUCAUCCUGAAAGUUACCAUUCUUAUAUGUGGAAUAACUUUUUUAAGCAUAUUGAUAUAGAUCCUAAUAAUGCUCAUAUCCUUGAUGGGAAUGCUGCAGAUUUACAGGCAGAAUGUGACGCAUUUGAAAAGAAAAUAAAAGAAGCUGGAGGAAUUGAUCUUUUUGUUGGAGGAAUUGGUCCGGAUGGUCACAUCGCUUUCAAUGAACCAGGAUCCAGUUUAGUAUCAAGGACAAGAUUAAAAACUCUAGCAAUGGACACCAUUUUGGCAAAUGCUAAAUAUUUUGAUGGAGAUUUAUCGAAGGUGCCAACUAUGGCUCUAACAGUUGGUGUGGGGACAGUGAUGGAUGCUAGAGAAGUAAUGAUCCUCAUAACAGGCGCACACAAGGCAUUUGCUCUCUACAAAGCAAUAGAAGAAGGAGUCAAUCACAUGUGGACUGUUUCAGCUUUCCAGCAGCAUCCCCGAACUAUUUUUGUGUGUGAUGAGGAUGCUACCUUAGAAUUAAGAGUUAAAACUGUGAAAUACUUUAAAGGUUUAAUGCAUGUGCACAAUAAACUUGUGGAUCCACUAUACAGUAUGAAAGAAGGAAAAUGAAGGCGACUGGAGCAAAAUUCUGCCUGAAUGAACAGAACACUUUUAUAAGUAGAUGAAUUGUCAGCUAUGCAAUAUGAUAAAACAUGGGGGAUUUUUGAAGAUUGUCAUUUUUGAAGUCAAGUAUCUGUAUGUUAAACAUUCCAUAUUUAGAACAUGUCCACUUCACACUAGGGUUUAGGAGAAGUAGUUGGCUCUCACAGAUGUUUUUUAUUAUAAAGUAUAGAACCCACAUAACCACUCUAUAAAACAGCACAGAAAUGAAAUGCUGGUCUGUUUAAAACUUUAAAAAGUCCUUUUAAAGGUGAAGACUAUACAUCAAGUACAUUUAUAUGACUCCAUUGGCAUUUUUAGAUUUUUAUUUGUUAAUCCUAUGAAGACACUCCAUGCCUUUCAGGUAUCAAACAAUUUAUCACUGCAAACCUUUUGAAAUGCUAUCUUUAUAUUUUCUGCACAUUACACAAGCUUUCUGCACAUGGUUGCCUUAGUCUUCUUCCUAUACUAGCAUCUGGACAUCAAAAGUCCUGCUAUAUAUUGCUGAUACAGAAAAUCUGAAGAGAUGACAGUGCCUAAAAGUACAUAUAUGUCCCUUUGGAAAGUAUAUAUAAGUGCAUGAUUUUUGUGCACCUUUUUCUGCACCUUUUUUUUUUUUUUAACAAAUGUGCUUUUGUUUUUAUUUAAUGACUUGGGUUCGUGCUUCUAAUGUAAGCAUCUGGCAAUUAUGAGUUAAACCUAGCAACACACUUAAGGAAAUUCUUUUGAAGAAAAUUUUCUGAUUAUUGUUAAACUUCAUAAAUGAUUAGCUUUAUUCCUUAUAUAUAUGUCUAAAAGGAUAAUAUAAUGAACUAUAUAUAAAAGUAAUUAUUGUAAACUAUUUUAGAUUGCCGUAAGAACUUGCAUCAUUAAACUGCAAAUAAAAGUAUAUUGUUUUCUAUCUUUAACUCAAAUAAAGCUUAUAAUAAACAAAUAUAAGUUAUCUAAAUUUUAUUUCCAGAAGUGGAAUUGAAUAUAUGCGUCUGAGAGAAUCCAACAAUUAGGUGGCUGUGAGUCUGCAUUUAACUUUUUGUUUGCUGCUAUUAUG